AUGGCAACCUCAGCCUCGCAGUCCCAGCCCAACGGCGUGCCGUCGUCCUCCUCCGCCGGCCCCUCCCAGUCCCAGACGCAACAGACACAAUCGUCGACGGCGCUCGCCUCAUCGCAAGCCACAGUCGCCGCGCCCGCCAACGGCCCCCUGUCGCCCUCAAGCCAGGCGCCGCGCCCGCGGGACUCGAGGACCAUCGAGCUCCUGCUCACCAGCCAGGGGGUCACGUCCUUCGACAGCCGCGUCCCGCUGCUGCUGCUCGACUUUGCCUACCGCCACACCUCGUCCAUCCUCUCCGACGCCCUGCACCUCGCCGCGGACCCCUACACAUCACAAGCCGGCUCCAAGCCGUCCGGAGCCUCGGGCGUGGCGCCCUCGGCCCCCGCCGUCGCCGACGCCCAGGUCAGCGCCAACGCCAUCAACAUCGCCAUCGCCAGCCGGCAGGCGUACCAGUUCCGCGGGGGCUCGGGCGCGGGCGGCGCCCCCGGCGGCGGCGCGAGCAAGGACUGGCUGCUCGAGCUGGCCAAGGAGCGCAACAAGAUCGCCCUGCCCCGCGUCAUGGCGCACGAGUGGGGGGUGCGACUGCCUAACGAGCGCUUUGUCCUCAGCGGCAUGGGCUGGGGACUGCGCGACGCGUGGGCCGCCGGCAGCGACGACGACGACGACGACGAUGAUGACGAGGACGAGGAGGAGCGCAUGGAGGACGCUAUGGAGGGCGUCGAGACGGUCAAGAAGGAGGAGUCCAAGGACGCGGGCGAAGGCGGCCUGGACGACCUGCUGGGCGACGACCUGGAGGGAGAAGGCGACGAGGACAUGGAGGGCAUGGAAUAA